GACGUCAGAGCCGUUUUCCUGCUUGGUUUCCAGCGCAAUGGCGGCGGCGCGACUUUUCCUCAGAACUUCAGGCGUCAAGUCUUCAUUCACCGGGUUAACCGGGGGAGUGCACAAUAGUUUGGGGAUAUCCCUGCUCAAACUGUCCCCUGACUACACAUCCAAGACGAAAACACAGAGAAGACAUGCAGCGCACUUCACCUAUCACCCUGACCCUGUGCCCACCGAGUAUGGCCCCACACAGAAGAUGAAUUUAUUCCAGUCUAUAACCAGUGCCUUGGACAACACUCUUGCAAGUGAUCCCACUGCAGUAAUAUUCGGUGAGGAUGUGGCUUUUGGUGGAGUAUUCCGAUGCACGGUUGGCCUCAGAGAUAAAUAUGGUAAAGACCGUGUAUUUAACACGCCGCUGUGUGAGCAAGGCAUUGUGGGAUUCGGGAUUGGUGCAGCUGUUGCAGGAGCCACUGCUAUCGCAGAGAUUCAGUUUGCCGACUACAUUUACCCAGCGUUUGAUCAGAUCGUAAAUGAAGCAGCCAAGUAUCGGUACCGUUCGGGGAACAUGUUUGACUGUGGAAACCUGACCAUCAGAGCUCCGUGGGGUUGUGUGGGUCACGGCUCACUUUACCACUCCCAGAGUCCAGAGGCCUUCUUUGCUCAUUGUCCUGGAAUUAAGAUUGUUGUGCCGAGAGGCCCGGUUCAGUCCAAGGGUCUUCUUUUGUCCUGUAUUGCUGAUAAAAACCCCUGCAUCUUUUUUGAGCCCAAAAUCCUGUACAGAGCAGCAGUGGAGCAAGUCCCCACAGAAGCCUAUCACAUCCCACUCUCACAGGCUGAAGUCCUUCUGGAGGGAAGUGAUGUCACACUGGUCGCUUGGGGAACACAGGUACACGUGAUGAGGGAAGUGGCUGCCAUGGCGCAGGAGAAGCUGGGAGUCUCCUGUGAACUCAUUGACCUGCAGACUAUUUUGCCUUGGGAUACAGAGACUGUUUGUAAGUCGGUAGUGAAGACUGGUCGGCUGCUCAUAAGUCAUGAAGCUCCGGUGACCGGAGGCUUUGCAGCAGAGAUCAGCUCUACUGUUCAGGAGGAAUGUUUCCUGAACUUGGAGGCGCCCAUCAGCAGAGUGUGUGGUUAUGACACUCCUUUCCCGCACAUCUUUGAGCCCUUCUACAUCCCUGACAAGUGGAAGUGCUUUGAAGCCGUCAAGCGUAUGAUCAACUACUAAAACACAGACGACACAGAUCAAGAACAUGAAACUCUUUCUCCUCUAUAUCAGUGAGCAAACAGGACAAUGAAAACCUCAUCAUCACAGCUAAUUAGGUUGCUACCUGUAGAAGGGGCCAUGUUACCAGACUGGCUGCUUGGAAACUUUAGAUAACAACCUAGAUCUUUUAUCUGGAGAAUGUCAUUGGUCACUGAAUGAAACGUCUUAUGAACACUUAAUAAGUAGACAUCAUAUUGGUACUUGCUGUAUCUAGUCCUUAAAUGUCCUCUUGUAUUCUUGCUGUUGUACUCUUGCUGUUACCUGGAUGUCACCAUCUUCCAUUUUGUUUUGUUUUUUCUUAUUAUGCUUAUUUGGGAGUCAGCUAAUUAAAUGGCUGGUUUUUGCAGUGA